AUGUCGCCCAGCAUCAGCAACGCCCUCGAGACGGGCAUGAGCGUCUGUCGGCACCUUCAAGCCCGACGAGACCACAGGAAGAGCCGCCGGCGUUACCGCAUCACCCAAUUGAUCGGGGCAGUGAACAGCCUGAAGUACAAGCGGUAUUCGGCCAAGCAAGUCGAGCCAGAGUUUGAUAUCGACAGUGAGGAUAUCGAAGACUGUACGACAUCAAGCUGGACGCUGGAGCUCACCAGCAUCGAUGGCCAGGUGUACGAGCGGCUAGUGGAGGCGGACCAACAGAGCAGGGUUACGAGUCCUAACAGUCCUCCAGAGGUCCCGCCACGACCGACACGACUGCGCUCCCCGACAGUACAGGUCAGGAUAGACGCACCUCACCACGAGGUCGCCAGCUUGGCCGGUAGAGUUACGCAGCAGCUCCUGACGGAAAGUGAAAUGUCCUCUGUCUCUUCCAGUGACCCAUACUCAUCCUUUCCGGAGUCACUGUCUUCGAGUGAUGCAGGGCACUCUCCGUUAUCACUGUCACCCUCGACGACGCGCAGUUACAAGUCUCGAGAAGAAGCAGUGAGUGCAUACGAGGUUUGGCAGGCAGAGCUAACUGUUCAGCGAAACACGCUCAGCAAGCCCGAGCUUCUGUACCUCGCAGGAGUAAGGUUGGACGAAAUCCCUGACUCCGGAAGGCUGUAG